GUUUUGUGAAAUUUCAAAGCGUUCGUUUGUGUUGUUAGGGAUUGUAAAGUACGUUGUUGUUGUUACAAUAACAACAAACAAACCACCAAAAAAAACAAAACGUGUGACGGACGGUGGCGAGAAAUAAUUAAUAAAUAAAAAAAAAUAUAUACACAACAAACGACAAUCAUUGUCAUUAUUUAAUUGAAUCUGUUUAUUGUGAAGAGCAACACAAACGACACCUAGAUAGCAAGCAAUCCAUCCGCCGGGAAUAGUAAAAAAAAGGUGAUCAAAAUGAUGAAGCCAUUGAUGAUGAUAAUGAUUUUCUUCUAUGGCCAUGCAAAGUGAAUUGCAGUGAUAAUUGUGCGUCAAAAUUUUGUAAGUUUUUCUUGGUUUUAAUUUGAAAGAAAGAAAAUCAAUGAGUGGCAAAUAAUAAAAAUAAAGAGUAUAGUGAGUAGUGGUGUGGCAAUUAUUGUGCGUGUGAAGUGUUUUUUAUUUUGAUGCCAAAGGAAGGAGUUCCUUCUAGUUUUUUGGCUUGGCCACCAGUGUUUGCGUUUGGUGUAUGCGUUUGCUUGUGGAGUUAUUGAAACCAGCGACCACCAACUGUGGGCGACAGACAACAGCAACAGAAAAAUCAAAAGAAAAGUGAUUGAAAAUAUUAAAGAAAUAUACCACAAUUAAAGUGAAUUUAUAAAAUCAGAGCAUAAAUAUAAAUAUCUGCCGGUCAGUCUGUUAAAUUUUCCCAUAAAUGAUUUGAAGGCAAAAAAGAAAAGAAGUUUUAAUGUCUAAUCGAUUACAAGUGUUUUAGCCUAACCUUAGUGUUUCCCACAAAAGAGAAGUGUUCAAUUCAAGAAUUUACAAUUAUUAUUCUUGAGGAUUAAUUACCCAGUCCUUACUAGCUUCUCCUCUAGAUCAUCUUUCAUCAAAUCUCAAAAAAACAAGAUUUCAAAGCCAUGGAUUUAAAUGUCAACAAAAACUUCCACCACAACCAAUCAAUAUGCGAAUAAUCGCAAAAUAAUUAAAAAAAAAAAACUCAAUUUACAAAAAACCCUUUGGCCAUAUCCCUUAUGGCAUACUGGGAUAUUAUUAAUGAUGGUAUUAUUGAAGGCAAAAAAUGAAAUGCAACAAUAAUCACACAAAAGCUGAGUAUAUAAAAUUACACAUAAAAAGUGUAGGCAGCUCGAGGGUGUCUGGCCAGCUCAAAACAGGGAAGAGAAAAGUCCUCACUCCAUAAAAUUGAUAUUUCGCACCAAAUUGGCCAUGCAAUACAGAAAAAGGAGCAAAAUCGAAAAAGAAAAUAAAAAGCAAAUAAUAAUAAAUAUUCCAAAAAUAUAAACUCACUCUUCCAUAAUCCCUUAUAGCACAACAAAAAACAGGGAAUAUUUUUGAAGAGCCUCAAGCAGCACAAUCGAAAUAAGGAAAAAAAACCACUACAACUGCCAUUAUAUACUCCUCGACAUUUAUACAAUAAUUGUUGAAAGUCCUGCUUGGCUGCAACAGCCAGGACUAAGGCAACUCACAGCCAGUCGCAGACGUCAACUCAUAGCCAUUGUAUGAAAUACCGCAAUUACGAUAAUCGCUGAAGUUCAGGGUACACAAAUCCUUCCCCCACCCCUCAGCCAUUGUGUUGUACUGUAAACCUUUUCGUUUUCCGGUGGUUUUGUGUUGAUUACAACGACUCAUCAUCAUACAGAAAGAGAAGAAAACCAAAAAAAAAAAAAAAAUAGCUUUUCCGUUCACCGCGGCCAGCAUCCAUAGCCAUAGCCGAAGACUAGAAAGCAAGCGAAGGCCUGUUUGUGGGGGGCGGCUGCCUAGAAGCUCAACAGCAAUAAGAACCAAAACGGGCUCAUAUCCCUGUCUAUCCCCAUUAUUUUCGAUUUAUUUGUUUGUUGUUGGCUGUAACCGCAGUUUUAACUCUUUUUUUCGUUUCGUUUGCCACAGCGGCAUCUUCCCACUCUAUCAACAACUCUAUAAAUCCACCCCACCGCUCAACUGUGCACAUCCCUUUUUUGGGUGUGAGGAGAGUUUAACAAAAGCCAUUAAAUAAACAAAACUACAAAUAAAAAAAAAAAACGAAAUAACCCCCCUUGCUUCAACCAAAAAGUAUCCUGCUCCAGACAAGUUAUCCUUGGAAAUUGUUUUUUAAACAAUCGCGGUUUUCCCCUUUAAGUGGGAGGUUUUGCUUGAAAACUUUCCAGUUUCCAAUUCGGUGCUCAAAAUAAACAUAGAAUAUAUAAAUUUAACAAAAAUUUUUAACUCCAUAAUAAACGGUCGUGUGGUACGCGAAGGUCCUGGUCCUUGUUGUCGUCAUCGUCAUCAUAGCCUUGAGUAACGUGUGAAGCGGCAUCAUCAUUAUCGCUGUCACAAAUUUUGGGCCAUUUUGCCACCACAAAGAAUGUCAUCGACAAAAUGUGGUCUAAAAAUGAUUUUUUUAGCGAUCAUUUUAGUCAUCAUCGUAAAUGGUUACGCAAAAGAUAUUUCUGGAGUUGAAAGAGGUCACAACCGCUUAAACGAAUACAUAUCGCAUUAUGAAACACUAAAUUAUGAUCAUCAUCAUAUACGUGCUAGUCACCAUAGAGCCCGACGAUCCGUGACCAAAGAUCAUUUUGUAUAUUUAAAAUUUCAAGCACAUGGAAGAGACUUCCAUAUUAGACUAAAACGUGAUUUAAAAACAUUUAGUGAUAAGUUAGAGAUAAUUGAUAGCAAUGGACCUCUUGAUGUAUCGACCGAUCACAUAUACGAGGGCCGCGUGAUAGGGGAUCGUAACAGCUAUGUAUUCGGUUCUAUUUUGGAUGGUGUUUUUGAGGGUAAAAUUAUUACCGAACGUGAUGCCUACUAUGUCGAACAUGCCAAACAUUAUUUUCCAACAAAUUUUACACAACCACCACAACACCAGCACCAGCACCAACACCAGCAACAACAGCUGCAUCAACAACCACAAAUGCAAUCUUUGGAAUUGCACAGUACUGAUAAAAGUCUAAAUAGUUCAUCACAAAUAUCAUCAUCGACAACGUCGACGAUAUCAUCACCGUCAACAUUUGAUCACUCAUCGGUUAGUUCGGCGUCAACAUCAACAAAAUCGCCGAUUAAGCCUAAAAGCUUGGACGAACAUCAUGAUGAGGCGGUGAAAAAUAUUGGAUUUCAUUCGGUGAUAUAUAAGGAUUCGCAUGUGGAUGAUGUCUACAAGGACAUAAGAGAGGGCCAUGCUGCUGGUUGUGGCAUAACAGAUGAAGUAUCCCAAUGGAUGGAGAAUAUACAAAAUUCAGCCGUUGAAGAACUACCGGAGCCCAUGUCAAAGGAUAUUAAAAUCCCCAAGAAGCGUACACCACCAGCGGAAGAUAAAAUCAUUGGGCAAGAGGAUAAAGUUGACGCUGAUGAUGAUGGUGAUGAUGAUGAAGAGGUUGGCGCACAUAAUGAGGCCGCCUCAGUCUUGUUCUUACGCUCUGCUCUGAACUCCAGCAAACGUCACCACAGCAGCAGUGGCAGUGGCAGUGGCAGUAAACAACAUAAAACCACAUCCUCAGCUGCUUCGGGGACACAACCAACGAAAAAAUAUGCCAACAACCACCGCAACAGCCACCAUAACAGCAAUGGCGGCGGUAGUGGUGGCAGUAGUGGAGGCGCUGGCGGUGCUACCGAUGAUUUCAAAUAUCCUUAUGAGAAAUACACAAAGGAGGCAAAUCUACGCUUCGAAGAGGAGGAUGUUACCAGCCAUGCGGCCGGCGGCAUUACCGGCUAUUUUUAUGAUCCACAGACAGGACAACGUUUCCAGCCCAACAACAAUGGCGAUGGCGGUGAUGAUGAUUGGCACAAACGUGUUCAUGAGCGUGUGCGACGUGCAUCCGGUGCAUCGGGCACAUCCGCUCGUCGUGAGGAUAAUAAGAAUACCUGUUCGUUAUAUAUACAAACGGAUCCAUUGAUUUGGCGACAUAUACGUGAAGGAAUUGCUGAUCAUGAUCGCAGUCACAAAUACGAAAGGGACAUUAAGACACGCGAAGAAAUCACUUCGCUAAUAGCCCAUCAUGUCACCGCGGUUAAUUACAUUUACCGCAAUACAAAAUUCGAUGGACGCACCGAGCAUCGUAAUAUACGCUUUGAGGUGCAACGCAUCAAAAUUGAUGAUGAUUCGGCAUGUCGCACCUCCUACAAUGGGCCACACAAUGCAUUCUGCAAUGAGCACAUGGAUGUCUCGAAUUUCCUAAAUCUUCACUCUCUGGAGGAUCAUUCGGAUUUUUGUUUGGCCUAUGUUUUUACCUAUCGCGAUUUUACCGGCGGCACCUUGGGUCUGGCCUGGGUGGCCAGUGCCUCGGGGGCCUCGGGUGGCAUAUGUGAGAAAUAUAAGACCUACACUGAGACAGUGGGUGGGCAAUAUCAGAGUACCAAGCGUUCCUUGAAUACAGGCAUCAUCACCUUUGUCAACUACAAUAGUCGAGUGCCGCCCAAGGUAUCCCAGCUGACAUUGGCCCAUGAGAUUGGCCAUAAUUUUGGUUCACCGCAUGACUAUCCCCAGGAAUGCCGUCCCGGUGGCAUGAAUGGCAAUUUCAUUAUGUUUGCCAGUGCCACCUCCGGUGAUCGUCCCAACAACUCCAAAUUCUCCUCCUGCUCCAUACGCAAUAUCUCCAAUGUGCUGGAUGUCCUGGUGGGCAAUAUAAAGCGCGAUUGUUUCAAGGUCUCCGAGGGAGCCUUCUGUGGCAACAAAAUCGUUGAACAGGGCGAAGAAUGCGAUUGUGGUUUCAACGAAGAUGAGUGCAAGGAUAAAUGUUGCUAUCCUCGUCUGAUAAGUGAAUAUGAUCUCUCGCUCAAUAGCUCAGCCAGAGGCUGUACUAGACGUGCCAAGACCCAAUGCUCACCCUCGCAGGGUCCCUGCUGUUUGCCCAAUUCCUGCACCUUUGUGCCCUCCAACUAUCAUCAGAAAUGCAAAGAGGAGACCGAGUGUUCCUGGUCGAGUAGCUGUAAUGGCACCACAGCCGAAUGCCCUGAGCCCAAGCCCAGAGAUGAUAAGACCAAGUGCAAUAAUGGCACUGCUCUUUGCAUUAAGGGUGAAUGUUCCGGCUCCAUCUGUCUACUGUGGAAUAUGUCCGAAUGCUUUUUGACCUCACAACAGCAGCCGCAUGUAAACAAGCGGCGUUUGUGCGAAUUGGCCUGCCAGAAUGGUAAUGAUACCACCACCUGCCGCAGCACCUCUGAAUUUGCCCAUUUGUUUGGCCUACCCGAUGGGGGCAUUAGUUUGCGACCCGGCUCGCCAUGUGAUAAUUUCCAAGGUUACUGUGAUGUGUUCCUCAAAUGUAGGGCCGUCGAUGCGGAUGGGCCCUUGGUGCGCUUGAAGAAUCUGCUGCUCAACAAGGAGACUUUGUUGACGGUGGCCCAAUGGAUAACCGAGAAUUGGUAUAUUGUGGUCUUAAUGAGCAUUGCCUUCAUUAUUGUGAUGGGCAUCUUCAUCAAAUGCUGUGCGGUGCAUACGCCCAGCUCAAAUCCUAAGAAGCGCAGGGCUCGUAGAAUCUCGGAAACGCUAAGAGCUCCCAUGAAUACGCUAAGACGCAUGCGUCAUCCGCAUGGCCGUAGUGCUGGACCACGCAGCAUACCACCGCCUGUGCAUGAUGCGCGAUCCCAUCGCAACUAUCCUCCUGAUUGGGAUCGUCAUCAUCGUCCCGGUGCUGGUGGUGGUGGCGCUGCAGUGGCAUUGCCUCCUUCCAGCAGUCAUGCCAGUCGUAGUGCUGCUGCUGGCCCUCCCUCAGGUGGUGGUGGACGAUCUUCAGGAGGUGGUGGUGGCGGCGCUGGCCGUAGUUCUCGUUCCAAUGGCUCCCGACAACCGAGCAGUUCACGUUCGGGCGGACAACAUGGGUAUGCCGAUAUGCCCCCUAGUGUGGGCCCUUCAUCCAACAAUCCCAAUGUGGUUGUAGGUGGUGGAGGUUUACAUAUGGGUGGUGGUAAUGGUGGUGUCUCCCUUGCUGGGCCGGCUUCAUCAUCAUCAAGUGGUGCUGGUGGGGGUGCUUUAUCACGCGCCCAAAUGCCUUUACCCGCCCUGCCGUCCAAUGCACAAACGCAACAACAACAAUCACAACAACAACUGCCACAACAAGCAUAUUAUGCGCCGAAAGUUGAAGUCCGCAAUAAAUCCCGCUCAUCACGUACAAACACAACUUCCACAUCCUCCUCCUCUACGGCAAAUACGGCGGCGAAUGCCAAAGGCCAACACAAAUCCAAAGAUCAAGCCAAUAAAACGGGCAAAAGUCGACGUAAUAUUGUCUACUAAAUAGAUUUCUGAACUGACUGAAAUUAAGAUAAAAGUUUCCUAAAGCCAAAACAAACAAAAAAAAAACCGAAAACGAAAACCUAAAACCCAAACUACAUCACCUACCUAGGAGAUAAUACAUCACACGAAAAAAAAAAAACAAAAACAAAAAGAGAAAAAGACACGAUUUAUUUUUUAUAUCAACCUUUAACAAUAACUAUCUAUCUAUGUGUUGCAAAAGAUAAAACAAGAAUAGAUAAAAGAUAAUUAUGUACAUGAUCAUAAUGAUCUCACAAUUGUCGUCGUUCCGCAACCAGUAAAUUAUAAUCGACCGCCAUCGAUGCAUAAUCCUGACUUGUAUGCCGAUGCCUAUGCUGCUCUGGGC